AUGACGGACUCAAGCUCUUGCGAUUCGAGCAAAUUCAAAUUUCGCAAGCUUAUUGAAACGAAUCACCGCAAGGCAGACAGCUUCGGUCGACGUCCAUUAUAUGAAGACGUUCACUUCGACGAUCUUGCCCUCCACGUUCAACAAAGUCUCCUUGGAGUCAAACAUGACGUUGUCUUACGCGAUUCACCUGGUCUCUGUCCUAAAAGCCUCCUCAAAUUGCUGGCUCAAUGUGACAACCUUACAAAGCUCUGUCUUCGAUUUCCGCUCUGUUGGCGUUAUCCUGAAGUGACCAAUCUGAGUUGCAAUUUGACUUCCUUAGUUUCCAAUCUUGGUCAUCUCCAAAAUCUCCAGUACUCGGGUCCUCAAUUUUCACCAAUACCCGCAGAGUCUAUCAUCGAACCCCUCAAACACCUACCGCUCCUUGAAUCCCUCGAGCUUUCAAAUAUUUUAGUUAGAGACUGGGGACGAGCUGAUUGCAUUGCUAGCUCUCUCUCAACUCUCAAACACUUGAAGCACCUUGUUGUAAACCGCGUUGAUAUUAUAGACGAAUCUUGGGUCCGACAUAAAGCACCUCCUCAGUUAGCCAAACUUGUAAUUCGUCACUAUCCCAAUGCUUGGUUAUCAAAUUUGCCUUCAUACAUCAGUUCUUGGGCUCCUUACCUAACUCAUCUCGAACUCGAAUUUGUUGGGCACCACCAGGCGGAACAAAUCCUACCCACCUUCAACCCAAAAAUCCAUCGAUUUUCCCUACCGGAUCUAACGCACUUGACUAUAUAUCGACGGUGUCCAAAUCUCCGUUACCUCACAGUGCGUGAUGCUUCCAGAAAUGGAGUGCCUGAGUUCUCAGAAUUUAUCAUCAGAGAUGUAUUCCCUAAGCUCAAGGAGUUAGUAAUGCCCAUGAGAAUCAGAUGUAUAGAUACACUACCUGACCCGAGACUGGAUUCUAUGAUGAAUCCAUUGGAAGAUUUCUGCAAGUCUAAAGGCAUUGAAUUCAAGAUCUUUUUGGACAUCGUACCCAACCGACGCCCUUCUCCAAGCCAAAUCUCUAGAAGAACUCCUUUUGAACAUCUUUUCACUUGUCCCGGCCUUGAAAAACAUAUCAAUCAAAACUCAAAUCAUAUAAAGAUGAGCUCUGGAUUCGCCAUGCCUUUGGAUCACAGCAGUGAUAUCUUCCAAAAGUGUCUAAAACUAGUCUGA